CGCGUGUGUGUGUGGUGUGUGUGGUGUGUGUGUGUGUGGUGUGUGUGUGUGUGUGUGUGUUGGGGGAGAGAUCAUUAUUGGACCUGCGAUGGACUCCAGCGCGGGGGAACAUGGCAUGGCUCGACUUGGAUUGUUUUUGGUGGUGAUGCUGGGGCUGAUUUGGAGAUUUUGCGAUGCCUGCCCCGCAUCCUGCACUUGCAGCAUCUCAAGGAUUGUUUGUAUUGAUUCCGUGCCGGGGAUCGAGGAUUUCCCCGUGCUCACGUUGGAUGACAUGGAAAACAUCACCGAGAUAUACAUUGCAAAUCAAAACAGACUGUUUGACAUGAAUGACAACAGUUUGAGACACUACAUAAACCUCAGAAACCUAACAGUGAUAAACACCAGAUUGACAUCGAUAUCAUCAGACGCAUUUUUCAACAACACAAGACUUCAAUAUGUAAAUCUCAGAGACAACAAUCUAUCGACGCUCUCAUGGAGAACAUUUCAGAACUUUAACAUAACCUUACCGCUCUUCCUGUAUGGAAACCCUCUGGAUUGUAUUUGUGAGAACUUGUGGAUUAAACUGAGGCUCCUAGAAGACUUAGACGGCCAGGAUCUGAAAUGCAUGGACGAUAGAGGAGAGACGACGGCCUUCGCCAAACUCACUCCACCGGACUGUGUGGUUCCCAAAGUGGAGCUCACCCCAAAGACUGUGACCCAGAUGCAGGGGAGCAACGUCGAGGCUGUGUGCACCACCACAGGUUCCCCUUUCCCUGAGCUCCUGUGGAACCUGGACCUGCUCUCCACACAACACGAGAUCGAAGCACUGGAAACAAAGAGCACCCUCACCUUGUCAGGCCUGUCUCCUGACGAUAAUGGCAGGGUGAUCAUAUGCAGCGCUGAGAACAUGGUCGGUCAGACGGAGGCCACCCUGCAGCUUAAUAUUCUCUUUGCCCCCACCAUCCAGCAGCUGUUGAAGCCCGAGCAGAACCACCACUGGUGCAUCCCCUUCAGCGUGACGGGGAACCCCAAGCCCAAGCUGGAGUGGUACCAGGACAACAAGCACCUCAAGGAGCAGGACUACGUUCACACGCAGAUCCACCUGUCCACCGACACCGAGGACCACGGCUGCCUGCAGCUGGUCAACCCCACGCACAUUCACAAUGGCGUGUACAGGCUGGUGGCAAAGAACGAGUUCGGCCGGGACGAGAAGAAGGUGUCUGCCCAGUUCAUGGAACCACUAGAAUUUUAAUUACCUGAAUGUUUUGUAUCGCUAAUUUCAGAUUCCCCGCUCCCCCCGUUGGAUGACAGUGUUGCUGUGUAUGUAGUUGUUGGAAUCGCAGGAGUUGCAUUGACCGGCUGUGUCCUGAUGGUGAUCAUUCUAAAAUGUGGAAGAAACUCCAAGUUUGGUAUUAAAGGCUCCUCCUCAGUCAUCAGUAACGACGACGACUCCGCCAGCCCUCUUCAUCACGUCUCCAAUGGCAACAACACCCCGUCGUCCUCGGAGAUGGGUCCAGACGCGGUGAUCAUCGGCAUGACAAAGAUUCCCGUCAUUGAGAACCCACAGUACUUCCGUAACUCCGGCAGCAUGCUGAAAUCGGACACGUUUGUCCAGCACAUCAAGAGACACAACAUCGUCCUGAAGCGCGAGCUGGGAGAGGGAGCCUUCGGGAAGGUCUUCCUCGCCGAGUGCUACAACCUGACACCAGACCAGGAGAAGCUCCACGUGGCAGUGAAGACCCUGAAAGAGGGCAGCGAGAGCGGCCGGGCAGACUUCUACAGGGAGGCCGAGCUGCUCACCAACCUGCAGCACGAGCACAUCGUCACCUUCUACGGCGUGUGCGUCGACAGCGACCCCCUCAUCAUGGUGUUUGAAUAUAUGAAGCAUGGGGACCUCAACAAGUUCCUCAGGUCUCACGGUCCUGAUGCAGUGCUGAUGUCAGACGGUCAACACAGUCUCAUGGUGGAGCUCACCCAGUCCCAGAUGCUGCACAUUGCCCAACAGAUUGCGGCCGGCAUGGUCUACCUGGCCUCUCAGCACUUUGUCCACAGAGACUUGGCAACCAGGAACUGCCUGGUCGGAGAAAACCUGCUGGUCAAGAUAGGGGACUUUGGCAUGUCCAGGGACGUUUACAGCACCGACUAUUACAGAGUGGGCGGUCACACGAUGCUGCCGAUCCGCUGGAUGCCCCCGGAGAGCAUCAUGUACCGGCGGUUCACCACGGAGAGCGACGUGUGGAGCCUCGGGGUGGUGCUGUGGGAGAUCUUCACCUACGGCAAACAGCCCUGGUACCAGCUCUCCAACAAUGAGGUGAUUGAGUGCAUCACCCAGGGCCGCGUGCUGCAGCGGCCCCGCACCUGCCCCAAGGAGGUGUACGACCUGAUGCUGGGCUGCUGGCAGAGGGAGCCCUACAUGAGGCUGAACAUCAAGGAGAUCCACAGCAUGCUCCAGAGCCUCGCCAAGGCCUCGCCCGUCUACCUGGACAUACUGGGCUGACGGGGCCAGCGUGUCGUGUGUGUUCCCCGCGUGCAUGUGGGCUUCGUGAGUGUUUUUCCGCCUGUCGGAGAGGAGAGGAGGAAGAGAAGUGUGUGUGUGUGUGUGUGUGUGUGUGUGUGUGUGUGUGUGUGUGUGUGUGUGUGUGUGUGUGUGUGUGUGUGUGAGUGUGUGUCUGUGGUCAUCACCUGGCUGUAAAUGUUACUGUAAAUGCUCUCGUCCUCAUCACAUGAAGAAAAGCCUUAAAUAUCCAGUGAUUUUAUUUUUGCUUAUUUCUGGACGUGUCCAUCUGCAGAUGUUACCGAAGCAUGUUUCACAAACGGAAACCAAAAUGUAUACAGGAUCAAUAUCAUCAACACUACAUACAUACAAACAUACAUACAAACAUACAUACAUACAUACAUACAUACAUACAUACAUACAUACAUACAUACUUACAUACAUACAUACAUACAUACAUACAUACAUACAUACAUACGUACAUACAUACAUACAUACAUACAUACAUACAUACAUACAUACAUACAUACAUAUGUGAAAGGCAUAAAAGCUAAAUGAAACUCAGACACUGAUUACUGGGUUGUACAGUGUGUCUCUCCAUCAUGGACAGAAUUUGUUCUUUGCUGUGGACAGAGCUUUCUCCUCUCAUUCAGCAGUGUCUGCCAAAAGAUACAAAAUAUUCAUGAAGUUACAGCCAAAGCUUUUUCCUUUAUAUAUCCCACACUCUUUUCAAAUAUUUGUCGAAUUUAUAAAGUCCGUUUUCUCACGGAGCUGUUGAUUUAAUCUGAGGUGUUUGAGCCGUCCACAGAUGCUUGUAUCAUUUAAAAAAUAUGUAUGAUUAUACACAUGUGUUUAAAACCCCAUACAGAUUAUCAUAGAUAGAUAUUAUGCAUAACUUCAACAGAGCAUGAGGGCCAUUUUGAGGAAAAACAAAUUGGAGAUUUUGAAAAUGAAAUUGUAGCAUUACAAGAUUAAAGUUGUGAUUCAAUUUGAUAAAAUAUUUAGAAAGUAGCAAACAAGGUGCAAGGAGAAUUGCGAGUUUAUUCUUGACAACUUUACUUUGGUAAUAAAGUUGUAAUAUUAUGACUUUAUUAUUGUAAUAUUCCAAUUGUGUUCCUGUGAUGUUUUAAAUUUAAUCUUAAAAGCUUUUUUUUUAAACAUGGCCCUUAUACUCCGCUGUAAUAACCUGCUCAAGUCCACUGAAGGAUUUCCAAAUGCAAAACCGAUGCUAUGGUUGUGAGACACGAGGGAAAACAACGCUGUUUUAUUUGUAUUGUUUUUAUCUUAUAAUGCUGAUAUCAUCUUUUCUGUAACUACCUGUUCGUAUUUGACACUAAGAACACCGGCUCAUCAGUAUUUACCGAGUGGUGUUUUAAAUGUUGUUCAUUUGACGCACAUGAAGCACAAAGAAUGAGGUCUCGGCCGUGUGGAGCUGGGUCCGAUCCGGAAGCAGACGAGCGCAGGUCGUUUUUACUUUUCAUUCAGUAGCGAUGCAGUCUAGCAAAUCCCUGCUGUCGGGUUGUCCGUGAGUGACGUGGUCGUGUGUGCGUCUUCUCAAACGCUGUGUGCGAUGCUGAUGUUUUUUUCGGCGUGUGGCGAGAGAAGAUUAACCUCUGGAGCGUCGUCCUCAGCCUCUUGUCUGAGGCAGAAUACAUGUAUGUAAGGAUUUCUUUUUUUUUGUUGUUUUCAGCAUCGUGUGUGUGUAUUGAAGUCCCAGCCUGUUUAUGUGUCAUUUAUUUCCAUUACAAGAGCAGAUCUCAUCUUUAGUGGGCUAAGGGAGUGCAGUAAAAGGAUUCAUUAAGAGGCUGAUUGCCCUUAAAGUGUCCCUGGGGUGUUUUCCUCUCUCUGAGCGGUCCCAGUCAGCCCGGGCUGCAGCUGAUGCUGCUCCUCGCUCUCGGGCAGCGCUGAAGCACAUUUCUAGGCCUUUUUUGUGUGUGUGUG